AUGUCAUCCAGAAAUAAGUGCAGAUUACGAAGAGCAUUGAAGGAUUUUCAUAAUAAUCCAACUAAAAAAAUAAAAUUACAACUGUGCAUUACUAGCAGCGAUUUCCAUUCUUGCUUCAAAGCAGGUGCGACCGUGGACCAUUGUCUGGUGGAUGUUUUGCAUGGUUGGCAGGAUGGUAGGCUUCCUGUAGAUAUAAACUGUGUAAUAAGCAAUCAUGAUAGAGGUCCAAAUACCCAUGUUCUACGUUUUCUUGAGAGAAAUGGAAUUCCAUACCAUUUCAUGCCAACCAGUUCAGUAGAUAAAAGAGAAGAAGAAAUCUUGAAUCUUGUUAAAGAUACUGAUUUUCUUGUCCUCGCUCGAUAUAUGCAGGUAUUGUCAGCUAGUUUUUUGGAGGGCUAUGGUAAAGAUAUAAUUAACAUCCAUCAUGGGCUUCUUCCGUCAUUCAAGGGCAGCCAUCCUGCCAAGCAGGCUUAUAAUGCUGGAGUGAAACUGAUUGGUGCAACAACUCACUUUGUAACUCCAGAACUCGAUGCAGGUCCUAUUAUCGAGCAGAUGGUGGAGAGAGUUUCCCAUCGAGAUACCUUAGAGAGUUUUGUGCAGAAAUCAGAAAAUUUGGAGAAGCAAUGUCUGCGGAAUGCAAUAAAAUCCUACUGUGAACUCCGUGUGCUGCCGUAUGAGGGGAAAAAAACUGUUGUUUUCUAGAGCUGGACCUUUGUUACCGUUGCCAAAUGCCUACCCAGCUCAUCUUUUGUUGAAACUAUAGAGUGGUUAAGCAAAGUGAUCAUAUUUUUAUGGGAAAUUUACUUUCAUACCAGAUAAUUCUGAAGUAUUUACAUAUCUAAC